AUGGCGCUGCCUCCUGGACCUUACGCCGGCACCAGCACUCUCGCUCUCGUUGCUCGUGCAUCUGCUUUCUCUUUUGGACUCGUUUAUGGGAGCAUUAAGCUCAAGUACCUCAAGGCAAAGGCUCACCGCUGA